CAAUGUUUGACCUUCUGUAGGGAAGUGCUUCCUUUCAGGGCAUAUGACUGCACCACCACCAGACUAAUAUUGGAUGAGUAUUUUCUUCACGGCCAACAUGUUUCUAAUGAAGCUCUGUGCUCCUCGGAGUCUGUUAUCGAGGUGGUCUUGUGUAUGUACGUGCAGGUGUGUUUGCCCUGUGUUCACGCGGACAGGAUGCCAGUCAGUGUUACCGCUCCGAGCACAGAUGGCUUCUCUGUUCCACACUCACGUCGCUCAGCUCAACUCCAACAGGACGUCCAUCGUGCGCUGUGAUCGGUAUAAAUAUGAGAGACUGUACCCUGUGAUGCUGGUCCGGCCCGAUGGAUCUACAAUCAACAUCAGAUACACAGAACCCAGACGCAUCCUCACGAUGCCAGUCAUUCUAUCCAGUCUGUCUGAAGAGGAGCGUCGAGCUCGGCAGAAAAAGAGAGAGGUCAGGAAGAAGCAAACAGAGACGGCAGUCCACUACGAAGAUGACUUUGAAGUUGACAAAUACAGCCAAUUCUGGCAGAAGAAAUAACUUCUUUAUAUGUGAAUCCCUAAAAAACAGGCUCUCAUGUAAAGCUUCCAUUUGUCCAUAUAAAGUAUGUUGAAAUUGGGUUGUUUUCAUUCCAAAAAAGGGAUUUCUCCAAAAACUUCAAACAGGACACCGAAACCCAGACUAAUGACACUUGUAUGGCAGGGUGACUGUCUGAACACCGUGUGUUGCAGGAGGGAACUCUGUGGCUGAGUUUUACCUUGAUUCUGGGGUUACUCUAAGAAGUGUAAAUAACCCUAAAAAGCUGGAAACCUUAAUGUAAAGUUAAUAAAUAGUUUUAAAGCUGUG